AUGGAAGAAAAUGAGGAUAUGUUUAUCGUGGUCAUUAGUAACGAAAGUGAUCAAACUUUUCCCGCGCCAGUGCAAAUUAAAGAGGAAGUCUUAGAAGAAAGCGCGGUUGAAGACGUCGAAGAAGUGAUUAACAAAGCAAAAGAGUACGGAGAAGUAGUGGAUGUAGAAUGUCAGGAUAUAAAAGAGGAUUAUGAUAGUAACGUCGAUGUAAAACACGACUUUGAAUACGAAUUUGUUGAUGUGGAUUUUAUCAAAUCUGAAAAAGAAGAUUCAGAUGAGGUAAGUGAUGAAGACAUUAGGGCUAUGAAAACAAGUAUAAUUAAGGGUUUAAAAAUUAAAAGACGGAAGCUUCUGAAACCAUCUGAAAGACGGUCCUAUAUAGAGGAACUGAAGGAACAGUUUCCAGAAUUGCAAGAUGAUGAUGAGCUUCUCGUUAGAUGUUUGGUUGAAAUAAUGAAGACCACGAAGCCCCCGCCGCCGCCACUGGAUUAUUAUGUUAUGGACGGAAUUAUGUUAGAGUGUGUUAUAUGUGGAACUCAUAAUGAAUCAAUACCGGCAGCCGGUCGGCAUUACCAAGAGAAGCAUGGGGAGAGAUAUCUGUACUGCUAUGCUUGUGGAGCUAACUUUAGAAGUACUACCAACCUAUAUAAGCAUGAGAAGCGUUGUGAAGCUCCAUACAUUAAGUUGGUACUCCGUGCCAGAGCCCUAUCGCUAGGUCGAAAGGGCCGUUCAAGACCUUUCCUACCGAAAUUUGAUAACACCGAGCCGAGAAGAUACAACUGUGAUGAGUGUUCAGCGUCUUUCUCAACAAAGUAUUCUUUACAAGCACAUCAGUUACUACACCGAGGUCUAAGACCCUAUCGCUGCCCCAUCUGUCCUUGUGCAUACACAUCUAGUACUGUGCUCACUAGACAUAUGAAGAAGCACGGUUCGUCUCGGUUCGUGUGUGAUCACUGUGACCGCGCCUUCAAUGUGAAGGCUGCCCUCGUGGCGCAUCUUAACACACAUCUACCUGAGAAGAAGUUCGCAUGUCCUGAAUGUCCGAAGCGAUACUCACAGAAGUCGGCUCUUAUAUUACACGAGAGACGAGUACACAGACGACUGCCGCCGCCCGCCGCCUGCAGGCUGUGUGACAACAGGUACCCGAGGAUGUCAGUACUGAAAGAACACAUGAGGAAGGUGCACGGCAUGGAGCUCAUGACGAGAAAGAUGUUCUUCAAGAAGCUGCCGACGCUGACCGACACUCAGCUACAUCAGGCCAAAGUGAUUCUGAAACACGAAGUACAAGACAACGACUACUACGUGACCAAAUAUACGUAG